UCCCGAGCCACAGCAUACAGCAUCAAGAUCAAGAGGAAGGAUCACUGGACCAUGCUGGCUGACGAUGAGGAAGAGGUGGAUGAGCCACACUUCACGGUGGCGGGGGAUGCGUGGGUGCUGCUCCCUGCUGAUCACCGCAGGGUCAUCAUUCACCUGGAUGCGGACUGCUUCUAUGCCCAGGUGGAGAUGGUGCGCAACCCCACCCUGCGAGACAAACCUCUUGGUGUGAAGCAGAAGAACCUGAUGGUGACCUCCAACUAUGUGGCAAGGUCUAUGGGAGUGAAGAAGAGCAUGUGGAUCAAGGAGGCUCUGGAGGCACUGCCUGAUCUGAUCCUAGUGGAUGGGUCGGAUCUGACACACUACAGGCAGUGUUCCUCCGAGAUCUCUGCAGUUGUUCGGACAUUCUCGGUGGAUGUGGAGAGACUUGGCCUGGAUGAGAACUUUGUUGAUGUUACUGAAAUUUUGGAAGACUACAUAGGAGAAUCUGAUCCAAGUAAGAUUGAAGCACAUGUGUACGGUGACAAAGAAUCAGAUGAGGCUCUUCCAGGUGAUCCCUGUGGGUGUGGAUGCCGGGAAAGAUUAAUUGCUGGUGCUGUAGUGGCCAAAAAGAUUCGCCAGCAGAUUGUGAAGACCACAGGAAUAACUUGUUGUGCUGGUGUUGCUCAUAACAAAUUACUGGCAAAGCUUGUGUCUGGUUACUAUAAACCAGAUCAGCAGACUGUCUUGUUUCCAUGGUUAGUUCAUCAACUCAUGAAUUCCCUCAAUUUAACUAGAAGCAUUCCAGGUAUAGGGAGUACAAUGUGUAAAACCUUGGAAGAAUUAGGAAUUUAUACUGUCAAGGACUUACAAAAGUCAUCACUAGCUUUGUUACAUUCAAAAUUUGAUGAUGAAACCAGCAAAAGACUUAAAGAUCUUAGUUAUGGCAUUGAUGAUACCCCUGUGAGAAGGAGUGGCAGACCACAGACCAUUGGAUUGGAGGAUGCCUUCAGAAAAGUGAAUUCCAUAGACGUGGUACAAAGCAAGUAUCUGACACUGUUGGAGCGACUGCUGAAACUCCUGAAAGAAGACGGACGCAUUCCCUCCACCCUUAGAGUGUGUGUCCGUAAGUUUGACACCAAGAAGAAGUUUGGUAACAGGGAGAGUCGACAAACUCCUAUACUGCCAUCUUUGUUUGCAUCAGGUGUCCAGAAUGUUGGGGAAAAUGCAAGAACCACUUUAAUGAACCAGGUGAUGGAGCUUUUCCACAAGAUGGUGGACACAAGCAAGGAGUUCCACCUCACACUGUUAAGCAUUGGGUUCACCAAGUUCAUUGAGCGAGCAUCACACGAAAACUCCAUCUCCAGAUUCUUUGUUAAGCGUAAAAGAAGUGAGACAGAAGAGCAAGACAUAAAUGAAAGAAAGAGUGAAGAUUCAGGUCAUUUGAAAUCAUUCUCAUCAUAUAGUGUUGAUGAUUCAAAUAUCUACAGCUCGGAUCUUUCUUUAGAGUCUUGUUCUGAAUCUGAUAGUUUUAGUAGUGAAGCUUUCAGAAACAUUCAGGGAAGCAUGAACAUUAAAGAUAUGCUUUCUAAAUCCCAUCAUCAUUCCAGUGAAAGAAAGAUUUUAAAAACAUCAAAAAAAAUUUCAAUGAUGAUAUGCAUAAACAAACAUCUGCAACAAAUUAUGAAGCUUCUGGGUCAGAUUGUGAUCAGAAUAAUGAGGAUAGUAAUUCUCAUGAUGUGUCAUCAUAUAAAAGGGUGCAAAGUCCAGGAGCCGGCUCUUGAGGACUCACUGCCAGCAGGCAAGGGUGGCAUUGCAAGGUUACCACAUGGCAUUGAUAAGGAAGUCUUUCAAGCACUUCCUCUGGAGAUACAAGAUGAAAUUAUUCUUAACUACAAAAGCAAGCCACCAGAUCCUAAACCAGUACCCAAAAUACAAGCUCCUCAAAAACCCCUUCCAAAUCACGAGACAGUUCCCAAGAAGAUCUCCAGUACAGAAACCAAUGCAGAGCCUGUCAUAAGCCAUCACAGCAAUAAUAAUGCACCACCACCUGAGGGAAAGGAUGAUGGAGGUGAAGAGAUGAGUGCAGCAUGUGGUAGCUCAUCCAGUGGCUUGUCUCUUUCCAAUUUACAGCCACCAGAAGGAGUAGACCCAAGUGUGUUCAGUGCCCUGCCUUGGGAGAUUCAGAAGGAGAUUGUGGAGGAACAAAGACGCUCAUUGUCAUCAAGCAGUGUUCCACGUGUGUCAAACUCCUCAUCUCACAGUGGAAGGAGAAGAGAGACAUCAUCUUCCAUCAUGAAGUACAUAAAAAAGGUGUAA